GGUCACAGAAUCAACAUUUUUUUUAGAUGAAAAGAAUGCAAGAGCUGGUUUUGAUUUUUGUUGGUGCCUGAAAUUAUUUUGAAAUACGUUAAAAAUUAUUAAAGUAAAUUCUGCACUCAGUUCUAAUCGUGCACUCGAGCUAUACGGUACGCGUCUUUUUAUGAACUGUUAAAAUCAAUUGAUUUUUAUCGAAUAUCGAAAUAUCGUUCAUACAAUUCAUAAACAUUAUCGGUGAAGCAGUGUUCUAUGUAGUUCACAAAGUUUUGGAGCAGAAAACCCAAAAACUGUAGUGAAUUAAAACUGCUAAAACACGAGUGCUUUUCUUCAAUUAUCAGCCAUUGUUCUUAUAAGUGAUCCAAACAAAUAGCACUUGAAGAAUAUUCGCUAGCAAGGAAACGCUAUGGAGGGGCCACCUCCGGGCGACCCGCCCUAUCCUGGGGAAAAAAGGUUACCGGCAUACAUGACUUCUCGACAUAACGACGGAGUCCUCCGCGUUUUACAAUUACGAGCCAAAGAAUGUGAAAAAGAAUGUGACAACUCUAACCUAGAAAUUGAUCAACCUCGUCUGCCUUCAAAUCCUUUCGUUAUUGCACGAUCGAUUGAAGCAGUAAUUGGCUACGAAAACCGACAUUUGGUUACUGCGGCCAAAGAAGCCCGAGGAGCUCGUUAUGUACUUCGAACACAAUCGCCAAUUUUAUACAAAGCCCUCACUUCUAUGACGCAUCUUGUUGAUGAAAACAAAACCGAAGUUGAAGUAAUCGACCACCCAAGGUUUAACUUCACCAAGGGCGUCGUUUCGAUGUCUCGGAUGAAGACCUGCUCCACGAAUUAAAAGAACAAGGAAUCACUUCAGUCAGACGGAUCACAAAAAAAAUCAACGAAAACGAAACAAAAAAUACACCGCUAAUUGUGCUUACAUUCAGGGGAACGGUACGCCCGAACUACAUCUACUUUGGGAUUCUUCGCACAAAUGUGAGACCAUACUACGAUGGAGUACUGAUCUGCAGGAAAUGUUCCGCUUAUGGACAUUCCACUAGGAAUUGUACCAACGAAACGGUCUGCCUUACUUGCUCGCAAACACAUACCACACCGGACAACCAGCAAUGCAAAAACUCCCCUUUUUGUCGGCACUGCGAAGGACCUCACUCACCGGUCAGAAAAGACUGUCCGAUCUUCCGAAGGGAAGAGGCGGUGAUCCGACUUAAGACCGACAGGGGCAUCACCUUCAAUGAAGCCAGAAAAGAAAUCGAGGAAUCCACGAAAACUGCAAAUUAUUCGAGUAAAGUUCAGCAUCGUCUAUCAGAAUUUUCUGACAAAGACAGAGAAAUUAAACUCCUUAGAGAAGAGCUCGAAAAAGUCCGAAAUCAAAUGAAAGACUAUGUGUCUCUUAAAAACGAGCUGGCAGAACUAAAAUCCCAGAUACAAACCGCAUUCAAAAAUCCUGAUACUGUAAACUCAACCACAUCCAAACCACUAAAACCUCUUAACGCUGAAACAAUCGCCAAAUCAAGAAUUUCACGCAAAGAUUCCGGCCCAAGCUACAACAACAACAACCACAACAAUCCUCGCAAUUUACAAAAAACAUCUACCCAACAACUGCUCUCUGACUCUUCUCAAAACCAUAGCCGCAGUGUUAGUCGGAAGAGAAUUAUGGAGACAUCUCCACCUACAGCAAAACCCAAAAAAAUAAACAACUGCCCUGAACCUAGCCAUGAGAUAGAGAUCUCAACUGAGAUUGAAAUGCUCGAUGAUAGCGAGUAAAUCACCAGCAAGUUCAAUUUAACCAAUAUGAGAAAAUCAAAAUUAGAACCAAACCCCAACUACAAACACAACUCAAAAAAAUCUCAGCGAUGUGAAAAAAAAUCACCAACAUCACCAUUAUUAACAACUACCUGCCGUUCCGUCAAGCCCCAUCUACUCCAAGCACAAGAGACAUCGAAAAAAACGGUUACCACCACACAGCCAGGAACACUUCAGAACGACUCUCCCCGGGUUGACUACACAAGAGACAUCAUACCCCCCUCGCACAGCCUCUCACAGGCCCCACCGUUGAUCCACAGGAUCUCGGUGGCUGCUAGUGACUGGCAACCGAGGGGUGCUCAGGUUCGUACCCCCAUCAAUGUAAAUCAACCAGUCUCUAUCGGUGUUCAAAUUGCAGCAUCUACCACACCCACAUCUGCGUCAUUGCUUAGGACACCACAGCUCCCCAACCUUCAACAUCCAAUGCGACACUCUGCCUUUGAUUCUUCAACAAUCCAAAGGAGCACAUCUGGAGGCACUAAACCUCCCCCGCACAGCCUUUCACAGGCCUCACCGAUGAUCCUCGGGACGUCGGUGACUGCUAGUGAUUGGCAGUCGGGGAGUACAAAGGUCUGUACCCCCAAAAUGAUAAUUUCAACAGCCCAUAUUGCCAAACGUAUCCUCUCAGUCACCACAAGAACGUAUACAUCACCGUCCAAAAGAUCAUCGCUACACAAGGACCCGAACCACAUCGUGCAACAAAAUACGACAGAACUUUUACCAAGCUCAACAUUACCACCACCACAGAUUGAGCUUCGCGCAACUAUUUCACCCAUGCAGCGUUCGACUCACCAUGGGGACCAAUCCCGAUUCACAGCACAAAUUCUCUCAAGGUUUCAGCAGAACAGCACUCUUCAGGGUGACAACACAACACCCCCCUCGCACAGCCUCUCACAGGCCUCACCGUUGAUCCUCGGGACUUCGGUGACUGCUAGUGAUUGGCAGUCGGGGAGUACAAAGGGACAUCUACGUCACUGUGCCAGAGAUCAACUUUUCACCACCCGAGCCACUCUUCGCAACAAAAUACCACAGAAGAUCUGCUCAGCCCAACACCACCAAUACCACAGAUCGAGUCGUGCUCGAUGAUCUCGUCUACGCAGCAGCGCUCAACCCACCAGAAGGACCGUGCGAGAUCCGAAGCACUCACAUCCACCUGGCCUCAACAGAGCAACACUUUCGAACUGCAACACCCCCCCCCCCCCCCCUCCCGCACAGCCUCUCACAGGCCCCACCAUUGAUCCACGGGAUCUCGGUGGCUGCUAGUGAUUGGCAACCGGGGGUCACUCAGGUUUGUUCUCAUUCAAAUGCAAACCGACCAGUUCCUUCCGUUAUACAUCUUCCAGAAACAACUUCAACACGGCUGAAUAGCGUGACACUUCCGAAAUCAAUCAAACAUGUUUUGAUUACCGAUUCACCCGACUGGGAUCCAGGAGAAGGUACCAGCACUCGAUUCGCGCAACAUCGACGACACGUACACGAGAACCAGUCAAAUAGCAACACGACCAACACGACGGAUAGCCACCCAUCCACCUUCGAGACAACUGCCCCACCCGACGUACCAACCGAUAACUACCACAGUUCCGAAUCUACUGGAUCCUACAACUCUUCAAACGACCUACUGAACUACAGCAGCUCAAAUCGAUUUGCACUGCAGUGGAAUAUAAACGGACUCAUAAACAACUUCAACGACCUCUCGCUACUCAUCUCUCUCAAUCCACCAGCAACUUUGGCACUUCAAGAGUUACAUAGAGUAGAGACUAAAGCACUCAACUCCU